CUAAAAUUGGCUAUUUGUUGCAUGGAGCCCAUGAUAAUUUAUCUAUAACAGAUAUGGAUAAAUGAAAACUACCUCUGAACCCCAGGAUACCUUCAAACCUAACUAAUAUAUCUAAAUAGCAAUUAUUCAAAAGUCUGUCAUGUAUAUCAAAUAACAAAAUCAUAUAAGUGCUAAACAAGUUUGCUUGGAUUUCGCUUGCAAGCAGACAUAAAUCAUGUCAUGAUCAAAUUGUUUUCCAUUGGCAGAUUAGUGAUUUUAAUAGUUAAUGUUUACCUUACGCUUCAUGAUUGAAUUUCCACUAAUGUUGCUUGCUUUCAAGCUGGUAUCUUUGGCUGAAAAGUUAAUGCCUAUAAACCAUUUAUUCUUCCCUGACUGUCAGCUUCUGGUUGUUCUAGAUUGCUAGUGUUAUUACAGGAAAAUUUUGAUACGAGAAUUAUAGAGCUACCAAUUCCAUAAAUGUCUUAUUGGUAUAAAGCAAUGGACAUUGCAACUAAUGGUGGAUGGUGUCUCUGUACCAUCCACCUCCUACUUCCAUGGCCAUGACCAUUUUUUGGUUGCCUCUUUUUAUAUUGUCACCUUCAUUUCUCUGAUCACAUUCUUCAUCUUCAUCACUAUAAACUGUACUUUUCAGAAACUUAAACUUAAAUCUCUCUGUAUCCUAUCCUAUCCUAUCCAUCUCAUUCUCUUGGUUUCUAUUUACUUAUUUCAAGUUUGCUUGCUAUCAGAAAUAGAGUGAAUCCAUUUCCUUUGAUUAGCCAUCUGGUGGUUUGAUAACACAAUGGAAACUGCCUGGAUAGAAGGAAAAGUUUUGACCCUUGAUGAAAGUGAGGCUGGAGAGUUAGAUGGAAGAAGGUUAGCUUUGGUGGGAAAAAUCAUAGCAGACAAGCCGCUGAGCAAAGGAGGAGUACAGGGUGUUUUCAGAAGAGUGUGGGGAGAAUGGAGAGAUUUCACUAUCACUGAAUUAUCUGAGAACACCUUUCUGUUCACCUUCAAGGAAGCAAGAGCAGCUGAACAGAUAUUGGAGGAUGGGCCAUGGUCAGUAAUGGGGUAUUGCAUAUGUUUGCACCGAUGGCAACCAGGGCUUACUCUGGAUGAGCUGGAUUUCUCACAAGUGGCCUACUGGGUCCAGGUGCAUGGCCUCUCAUUGGACCAAAUGAGCCCCAAAAAUGCAAAGAAGGUUGGAGAUCAGAUAGGCAAGGUGUUGGAAAUUGAGGAUCCCAUAUCUUCACAUGGAAUAAGAAGGGGUUUCUUCAGGAUUCGGGUACUAAUAGAUGUUAGUAAACCACUACCCUCAGGGUUUUGGGCUUCGAGAGCUGGAAAAUCUAAUAUAUGGGUCUCAUUCAAGUAUGAACAUUUAGCUGAUUUCUGCUACCGCUGCGGUUGCGUAGGCCAUGUAGAAUUUCACUGUGACAAGGAUACAGUGAUGUCCAUUCCAGAUCCUUCACUGCCGAAAUAUGGGCCAUGGAUGCGUGCCAACCCAAGUGUCAGUUCUAUGAAGGCCUUAGCUGAGAUGGAAAAAGCCCCUCAUAAAGCCAAGCAAGUCAUGGCUUCAAGGAGGUACCAAGCAGCUGAGUGGUUAAGGCAGAUGGAUCAAGUUGCAAUGGAAUUCCUGCCCAAAGAUCCCUCUGAAGAAGAAUUUCGCCGUGCACUUUGCAAUGGAUUCAUUCUUUGCAACGUUCUCAACAAAGUCAAUCCCGGUGCUGUUCCUAAGGUGGUGAAAGCUUCUAUGACUUCUUCUGAGGCAGCAGAGUCCCCAAAUCAGGAUUCUGAGAACAUGAGGAACUUUCUGGCUGCAGUUAAAGACAAGCAGCUCCUGGCCUUUGAAACAUCAGAUAUGGAAAAGGGUGGGUCAAUAAAUAAAGUGGUGGAUUGCAUUCUGUGUCUAAAAGGAUAUCAUGAGUGGAAGAAAGCAGGUGGAGUUGGGGUUUGGAGGUAUGGUGGAACUGUAAAGAUCACAUCCUCCCCAAAUGAAUUACCAAAUGCCUUAACUGCAACUGAAAGAGCUGCUGAUGAAUCUGGGGAAGAAUUGGAAUUAUCAAAAUAUGAGCAGCUACGAGAGUUUAUCCAGCUCUCUAACAAGGCCUCUAUUGAAGAAUCCAAAACAACCAAUGCUCUAACUUUCCUGUUCGAUCGCUUCGGCCUUUGGCUUCUACAGGCUUAUCUUACAGAUGGCAACAUGGAUGAAGAGUUUCCCUUGAAUGCAAUGGUGAUUGAUGCUUUCCUCAGCAAGAUAGUUAAUAACUUCUCAACACUUCUAGUUUCUCAAGGAAUCAAGCUUGGACUGUUUUUGAAGAAAAUAUUGAAAGCUGAUGAUGGUCCAGUGUCCAAAUCUGAUUUUAUAGAAGCGACCUCAGAUUAUAUUGACAAAAGAAGUAACCUGCAGGCAGCAACUGAUAUCUCCAAAGCCUACAUCUGUAUUGGCAAUAAUGAGGUUGUUCUCAAUAGUGUUUGUCGUUCUCCUGGCCGUGUCGAAAUACUUACCGAUCUUAUACAAAGACAUAUCGAGGAUCUUAAAUUAUUUUUUCGCGAAACAAGGUUAGAAGUUAGAAAGUUUCAUUCAUAUUGGGAGGCAGAUAUUAAAAGAUUAGAGCAUCAUGUUAGAGAUCUUGAAGUGGCAUCUUCUUCUUACCUCAAGAUCUUACAAGAGAAUCAAAUGCUGUUCAAUGAAGUGUUAGACCUCAAAGGAAAAAUAAGAAUAUACUGUCGAGUAAGGCCCAUUUUACCAGGGGAAUCGAAAGAUCAAUCAACUGUAGAUUAUGUUGGAGAAAAUGGAAGUAUCCUCAUUGUCAAUUCUUUAAGGAAAGGAAAAGAUUCAAAAAAAGUAUUCUCAUUUGACAGAGUGUUUGGACCAACUGUUUCUCAAGAACAAAUAUACACAAACAUUCAACCAUUGAUCAGGUCUGUACUUGAUGGUUAUAACGUAUGCAUUUUUGCGUAUGGACAAACUGGAUCGGGCAAGACAUAUACCAUGAGUGGGUAUGACUUGAACACUAAGGAGACAUGGGGCGUGAACUUUCGAGCUAUAUGUGACUUAUUUCAAAUAUCAAAGACUAGAGAAGAUGUCAUAGAGUACAAAGUUGGGGUCCAAAUGAUUGAAAUAUACAAUGAACAAGUGAGAGAUUUGCUAGUUAUUGAUGGCUCUACUAAAAGAUUAGAUAUAUAUAACAAUACACAAUUGAAUGGCCUUACUGUUCCUGAUGCAAGUUGGGUUCCAGUUUCUAGUACUCAAGAUGUUCUUGAUUUGAUAAGAAUUGGCCAAAAGAAUCGUAUCGUAGGUCCAACUGCAUUUAAUGAGCGAAGCAGCCGUUCUCAUAGCAUUUUGACCGUUCACGUUCAUGGAAAAGAAUUGGUUUCUGGAUCGAUUUUCAAAGGUUCCCUCAAUUUGGUGGACUUGGCUGGGAGUGAAAGAAUGGAUAAAUCGAAAGUUCAAGGCGAUAGACUGAAGGAAGCUCAAUACAUCAACAGAUCACUCUCUGCACUUGGAGAUGUCAUCUCAGCUCUUGCCCAAAAGAGUACACAUAUUCCUUACAGAAACAGCAAGCUAACUCAAAUAUUGCAGAACUCUUUAGGUGGGCAUGCUAAGACAUUAAUGCUUGUACAUAUAAGCCCUGAACCUGAUGCCAUUGGAGAGACAAUUAGCACAUUGAAGUUUGCUGAAAGAGUAGCCUCGAUAGAACUCGGAGCAGCUCGAUCUAACAAAGAAACUGAUGACAUACUAGAAUUGAAAGAAGAGAUAACAAAUCUUAAGCUGGCAUUGGAGAAGAAAGAAGCUGAAGUAGAACAAUUCAAGGUUGGAAAUGCUGGAAGCAUUACACCAUCUCAAAAGGCAAAAGUGCUUAGAUUUGGAAUCUCUUCCAACUUUAAGCCUGAGACAUAUCAACGCCCUAAUGAUGAUACUAAAGGCUCUGAGGCCAGGACUGUUUCUUCAGCUAAGCUAAGGCGAUCAAAGUUUUCGUCUGCACUCAUAGGGAAGGACAUAUCACUAAAGGUGCCUGAAGAGAGAGCUUCACGUCUUGGAAAGCCUCAGUCACCUACCCCUCCUGUAAAGAGAUAUUUGUCCGGUGAUAAAGGAGCCUCGACGAGAAAUAAGGUCAAGUUUGAUGUAGUUGAGAACCAACCGAUGUCAAAAGUAGUGGUUCCGGUUAAAGCACAUGGCACUAGAUCUCUCACCCCAGUGCCAGAGAUCACAUCAACAGAUAACAACUCUGGGGUCCAUGCAGACCAUAAGAGUGAUGAAAGUAAAUUGAAUUCUCUGAUGCAUUCAACAGCCUCGUCUCUAGGGAAAGUCAGUCAGAACUUGAAGAAGAGCAGUUUCUUUUAAUCGGGUUCUUGGUAUUGAAAAAGGAAGCAUUAGAAAAGCAGGAGUGAGUCUAAACCUUUGCAUCAACAGCCAGACAGGUUCCUGAUAUCUAAUGUACCAUACUAUCACAGAUAUCGCUUUUAAAUAUGUAUAUGGGUCAAAAUCAAAAUUAUGGAGCCCCUAAGAGUGUUUUUGGUACCACAAAAUGAGAAACCAUUUGUUGGCUCCCCACUUACCUGUUCAUACCAUGGUGAUACAACUUCUUCGGGAAUUGUAAAAUGUUGUACCUGUUGAGGAAGAGAAUUCAAAGUAUGACAAAAACUUAAAAAUAGUGUUUAAAAUUGCAAA